CCAGUCGCCCAGCAGGGGACGCGGUGGGGGGGGGCCGCGCACGCGCACCGGUCGGCGGCGCGCGCCGAGCGGGGGGCACCGCGCGGGUGCAGCCACGAUGGAAGGGGGUGCUUACGGAGCGGGCAAAGCCGGGGGCGCCUUCGACCCCUACACCCUGGUCCGGCAGCCGCACACCAUCCUGCGCGUCGUGUCCUGGGUGUUCUCCAUCGUGGUGUUCGGCUCCAUCGUGAACGAGGGCUACCUCAACAGCCCCUCCGAGAGCGAGGAGUUCUGCGUCUACAACCGCAACCCCAACGCCUGCGGCUAUGGCGUGACCGUGGGCGUGCUCGCCUUCCUCACCUGCCUGCUCUACCUGGCCCUGGACGUCUACUUCCCGCAGAUCAGCAGCGUGAAGGACCGGAAGAAGGCCGUCCUGUCGGACAUCGGCGUCUCGGCCUUCUGGGCCUUCCUCUGGUUCGUGGGCUUCUGCUACCUGGCCAACCAGUGGCAGGUCUCCAAGCCCAAGGACAACCCACUGAACGAAGGGACGGACGCAGCCCGGGCCGCCAUCGCCUUCUCCUUCUUCUCCAUCUUCACGUGGGACUACAUGGACCCCAGCCAGGACUCCAGCAUGCCUUAUGCCCCCUACGUGGAGCCCAGCACCGGGCCAGACCCCGCCGGCAUGGGCGGCACCUACCAGCAGCCGGCCAACACCUUCGACACCGAGCCCCAGGGCUACCAGUCGCAGGGCUACUGAGCUGCAGUGACCACCUGCCCCCGCCCCGCCCCAGUGGCCCCCCUGCCCCUUCCCUCCACACCCAGCGCCCCCGCUCCCCCCCAGGCUGCCCUGCCCGGCACCUCCAGGUUGUUGCACUGAGGCCCAGGGCAGCUUGGGCGGGAUGGGGCAGUAAGGUGCUGGGGCUGUCUACACGUGUGUGCAGGUGUGUCCAGCAGGGCUCUGGGGUGUUUGUGUUCAUUCCUUGUAUCUUCGAGCCUUCGUCAGGCACCUCCUGUAUGUCAGGCCUGUGCUUGGCACGAGUGCUGAAGGACAGAUGGUCCCCAGAAAGGGGGAUGAGCGGCGGAGGAGGUCCCGCUGGUCCCACAGGUGGGCACGGAGGGAAGGAUCCCCCAGAAGAUGCCGGGGAGGUUUGGCUGAGGGGUGUGAGCACCCACAGGACCCUGGGGGCCGUCACCUGCUAGGAGUGACACAGCCGCCCUGCUAGGAGGGUUGGGGCUGUCUGCCUUUUAUGGCCGAGGAAACUGAGGCCUGGAGAGGUCCGGGUCACUCGCCCAGGGUCAUGCGGCCAGCCAGUGAUGGGGGUGGGGCCAAGCCCAGGCCACCUGACGACAGAGCACCUGCUGUCCCCGUCCUCCCCGCCUCCCCUGAUCCCUGGGCGGGGGGCUCCACCGUUCAGUGCUCCUGUCACUCUGAGAGGUCUUGGGGACCUCAGCCCGUGAGACACCCUGAUUCUGCUGCAAGCCAGGGGCCUGCUCUGCCCCUGCCCCGCCUGUGCCCCCUGCAGCGGGACAGCCCUGCCUCCAGGCCCCUCUCCCCACACCCUGCCGGCCCCUCCCCGGCCUUAUCGGGGCAGGAGAGCCUUGAGGGCUGCCUCACCCCGCAUACUGCUCUGAGCUCUGCGCUGUGCGGGUCCCCGCAGGAGCGCCCGCGCCCCUUGGUGGCUUCCCAGGGGACUGACCACUGUCCCUGCCUCUAGGAGAGGCCCGCUAAGUCCCUACCUGGAACUGGGUGGACAAGGAAGCCCAGAGGGGGAGCACCCGGCCCAAGGUCACAGUGAGUGAGUGGCAGAGCUGGGCUUGCUGCCUGGGCUUCUUGGUCCCAGCCACCUAGCGAUGCCCUGUUCCCUGCCCUUGUGACCUCCCAGGAAACAGAACUGAUCUGGGACACUGUGUCAUCUUUCCCUCCUCUGGGAUGGCCAAGGACAUGGAGCAUCCCUCCUCUGGCCUCCCAGAAGGCCUACCACUCGGCCAGUCCCUCUGUGGGGAGACAGGGGCUCUAGAUCCAACAGGGCCAGCCUGUGAGCUGCUGCCAUGGGACAAACUGUCCCCAAGAUGAACGGUGAGAGCCCCUGGGGCAUGGAAGGCUUGGGGAGAUGACAGGCUCUAGGAGAGAGGAUGGCAGGUGUUCCCAAAGGCAUAGGAAGGGUUGUGGGGGGAGGGGGGGAAUCUUGCACAACAUGGGUGCUCUGCUGAGCCUUAAGCAACAGGGAGGCCUUGAAGGGAGAGAGGCAGGGGCGACCUGGGGCCCAGCAGCCACCAGCCGGUGCCUCGGGGAGCAGGCAGCAGGGUUGUGGGCCGCCUGGUGCUGGAUGUUCCUACCACCGGCCCCCCCAGGAACCCCAGGGCAGGUAGUGUUUGCUCACUUGUCUCUUGAUGCAGCAAUUAUGAGGCAUCUGUGCCCGGAGUACAGAGGGUGGGAUCCCUGCCCUUGAGGAGCUGGCAGGCGUCAGAAAUGAGCACUAAACCAGCAGCUGCACCAGGGUCCAUAACGGGGCGAUGCGCCAUGCGAUUGCCAGACGGGCCAAGGCCCUGUGAGGAGGGACCCUGAAGACAGGCAGGAGUCAGCAGGGCAGUGAGGGGAGGAGAGGGAAUUUCCUAGGCAGAGAAGUAGCAUCACUGUCCCCACUUAACAGAAGGGGAAACUGAGGCUCAGAGAGUGCGAGUGAAUUAGCAGUGGAGUGUGGAUUGGGUCUUGUCAAGUCUUCCCAAGGGACAGCAGUGACAGGAGAGGACCCCAGAUAAUUGAGUGACAGCUGCACGUUGCUGGCUUCAAUUUUCCACAUCUGGGCAAAGGGCUCUAUCUGGUUCUCUCCCCCGGGGGACCCAGGUGGGGACAGGAUGGGGUCACGGUGUCUGCCAGGCUGAGCAGUGGAACCUGUACCAGACCAGAGGUUGGCAAAGCAAGUAAGGGUGGGGGUGGGCGCGGCUGCAUUUCUAGCAGAGAGAAGUUCUGUGCCCACACAGCAUGCUGGGAGAAGUCCUCCCCUUCACCCACUCCCCACCAAAACCCUCCCUUUCUGAUGGGCACUGGGAGACCUCAGGGUGCUGCCCAUCUGUUCCCCUGGGCACCAACCAGCUGCUGGUGAUGCUGGGCUAGAGGGCAGGAUACCAUUUAAGCUUCACCCAACCCUUGAGUAUUUAGUACAGAAGCUCCUUGCCCCCCAUAAUGGGAACGUUUACAAGACUGUGCCAGGGGCAGGGGGUGCUGACUCUUGCCACUUGGCACUCCCCGCUCGUCCUGGGGUGCCGUCCAGGCAGGAUCGCGUGGUCAGGCUGUGCGGUGGUAGGAAUGAGAAACAGGAUGAGAGAUUGGAGGGCAGGGUUUGACUGAGACCCAGAGCUCCUGACUCCCCUGAUGGGUUGGAGGCCCUGUGCCAUGGCUUCACUGAGGACAGCCCAGCUGGGGACCCCCAGCUCAGAGCCUGUGCUCACAGGCCAGCGGGAUCCCCUUUUCCCUCCCUGCUGCUCCGCUCUGCCUCCCCUUUGCUUCCAAGCCCUUCCUUGGAGAAGGGCACCCCUGCACUUUGACCUUGCUGAGUUGGGGCUCCCUUCUCUCAUCAGGCACAAGAGAGGGCUGAGGAAAACUGGGUUCCACACAAGUGAAGAGCUGCAAGGACCCUUAGGGGCAACAGAACCUGGGCCGGGAGACAGUGACCUGUCCAAAGUCAAGCCCAGAGCUAGGGGUUCCUGAUCCAGGUGUCCUGCUUCUGACGUGACACUGACCCUGCACCGUUACAGGACACCUGCCCGUGUAUGGCUCCUAGUCCACCUGGGGGGGGGGGGCGUAACAAUUGAGGGACUAAUUCCCAGGGUACUGGCAUCUGCUCCCCACUGCAACCUUCCCUGGUGAUUCUUGAUCUUCAAAGACUAUUGGGGGUCCCGGGCUUCCCCUAUAUAACCAAGAGCCCCCACACUACACCUCAGGGGCCCCUAAGCUUGGCCCAAGACCCCUUUGAUUCUCUAAGGAGCACAGAGGGGGAGCACCUCUCCCCAGAGUUUAUGGGAGGAUGGACUUGUCCAUCUGUCUCCUGGCGCUGCCCCUUGAUGUGACACUCCCAUCCCCUGGUGCCCACAGCCCUGGUCUGGGUGGCCCGGCCCUUCCCGCAGCGUUACUGCCUGUGUAUAGUAUAAAUAUAUAUAUUUUCUACAUAUAAGAUGUAUAAUAUAAGGCUCCACAAAUAUAUCUCUGUGUGUGCGUGUGUGCAGUGAAUGGCGGUCCCCAUCCUGGGCCCCCACUCUGGACUCCCCCCACCACCUGGUUAAGUCUCUCAAGAGUGAAUCCAGUGGCCCUGUGGCACCCUUCUUUAUGACAUCCGUCCAUUUGUGGUGAACCAAGUGAAGGUGGUGACUUCUGGUGACAUAGUAAUAAAGUGAAGACUCAAUCCCACCAGUGGA